GCGCCGAGGCCACGGGCCGGGGCCGCGCCGGGGGGCCGCGGGGCGGGAGAUGAGCCUGUCCCCCGCGGCUCAGGCGGCAGCAUGCACCCCGAGGCCACCGACAGCAGCGGCGCCGGCCCCAGCCCCGCGGCGGCCGCGGGCGCUCCGGGCGAGCGGCGGCCGGAGCCCGGGGAGGACGCGGCGGCGGCCCCGAGGGGCCCGGGCGGCGGGAGCUGGCGGGUGCCGGUGGCGGUGGCCGUGCUCGCCGCCGCGUCCCUCUCCUACCUGGGGCCCGGGGCGGCCGGAGGCGCGGGGCCGGGCGCCGUCCUGCUCCGGCUCAGCCUGUACCUGCUGGGCGCCGCGGCCGCCUUCCUGCUGGGCACCCUGUUCUCCCUCGUCUGCCGGAGCCGGCGAGCCCCGCCGCCCGACUUCGCCGCCGCCUGGAGACGGCUGGCCGCCCGCCGCCGGCCGAGGAGUCCUGUGUAUGGAAAUUCACAUGAGUCAGUUCAGUCUAGAAGGGUAGUAAUUUCUCAUAAUAUGGAUAAAGCUCUGAAAGAAGUGUUUGACUACAGUUACAGAGACUACGUGCUGUCCUGGUAUGGGAACCUCAGCAAAGAUGAGGGGCAGCUUUACAACCUGCUCCUGGAAGACUUUUGGGAAAUUGCCAGACAGCUGCACCACAGACUGAGCCACGUGGACGUGGUGAAGGUUGUCUGCAACGACGUGGUGAGAACCUUGCUCACUCACUUCUGCGACCUGAAAGCUGCGAAUGCCAGACAAGAAGAACAACCGAGGCCUUUUGUGUUGCAUGCAUGCUUAAGGAACUCGGCUGAAGAAGUAAGAUUCCUGCAGACGUGUUCUCGGGUUCUGGUGUUUUGUCUCCUCCCCUCAAAGGAUGUCCAGUCACUCAGCUUACGUAUAAUGCUCGCAGAAAUUCUCACAACAAAAGUCUUGAAGCCAGUGGUGGCAUUCCUUAGCAAUCCCGAUUACAUCAACCAGAUGCUGCUUGCCCAGCUGGAGCGCAGAGAACACGUGAACGAACAUCACAAGAGAGCCUACACCUAUGCUCCUUCUUAUGAAGAGUUCAUCAAGCUCAUUAACAGCAACUCUGAUGUUGAGUUCUUGAAGCAGCUAAGGUAUCAAAUUGUAGUGGAAAUAAUCCAGGCCACGACCAUUAGCAGCUUUCCGCAGCUGAAGAGGCAGAAGGGUAAAGAAACUGCUGCGAUGAAAGCUGACCUCCUGAGGGCCAGGAACAUGAAAAGGUACAUCAACCAGCUGACGGUGGCGAAGAAGCAGUGCGAGAAGAGAAUCAGGAUGCUGGGCGGCCCCGACUACGACCAGCAGGAGGACGGGGCCCCCGAUGAGGGGGAAGGGCCUCAGAGCCAGAAGAUUCUUCAAUUUGAAGAUAUCUUGGCCAAUACUUUCUACCGAGAGCACUUCCGAAUGUACAUGGAAAGAAUGGACAAGAGAGCUCUGAUUGGCUUUUGGGAGUCUGUGGAAUAUUUAAAGAAUGCUAAUAAGAAUGAAAUCCCACAGUUAGUUGGUGAAAUUUACCAGAAUUUCUUUGUGGAGAGCAAAGAAAUAUCUGUGGAAAAAUCCCUUUACAAAGAGAUCCAGCAGUGUCUUGUAGGAAAUAAAGGUAUUGAAGUGUUCUUCAAAAUCCAGGGAGAGGUUUAUGAGGCCCUGAAGGACAGGUAUUACCCUUCGUUUAUUGUCAGUGACCUGUAUGAGAAAAUGACCACAAGAGAGGAAGAAACACAUGCCUCACAGUUGACUUCUAACAAGGAUGAAGCGAGCCUGGGAGAUGAGGCUGCUGAGGAAGCUGUGGAUGAAGGCACCAGUCAGACUAAUGAACAAGCCAGUUUUGCUGUAAACAAACUACGAGAACUAAACGAGAAACUUGAAUAUAAAAGGCAAGCUCUAAAUUCUAUUCAAAAUGCACCAAAACCUGACAAGAAGAUUGUUUCCAAGUUGAAGGAGGAAAUAAUUCUAACAGAGAAAGAACGCACAGACCUUCAGCUGCACCUGGCAAGGACAGAUUGGUGGUGUGAGAACCUCGGAAUGUGGAAAGCUUCCAUCACCAGUGGAGAGGUCACAGAAGAGAAUGGGGAGCAGAUGCCCUGUUACUUUGUCAUGGUAAGCUUACAGGACGUUGGAGGAGUUGAAACCAAGAACUGGACCGUCCCCAGAAGGCUCAGUGAGUUCCAGAAUUUACACCGGAAGCUUAGUGAGUGCUUCCCUUCUUUAAAAAAAGUCCAGCUGCCUUCUCUCAGCAAGCUGCCUUUCAAGUCUAUCGAUCAAAAGUUUAUGGAAAAGUCCAAGAAGCAGUUAAACAAGUUUCUACAGAAUCUGCUUUCAGAUGAAAGGCUGUACCAGAGCGAAGCACUUUAUGCCUUCUUGAGCCCUUCUCCUGACUACCUCAAGGCUAUUGACGUGCAGGGGAAAAAGUCCACGUUUUCAUUAUCCUCCUUUUUGGAAAGACUUCCCCGCGACUUCUUCUCCCAUCAGGAGGAGGAGGCAGAGGAGGACAGUGACCUGUCAGACUAUGGUGACGACGUGGAUGGGAGGAAGGACUCCCUGGCCGAACCGUGCUUCAUGUUGAUUGGGGAGAUUUUUGAACUUCGAGGAAUGUUUAAAUGGGUGAGAAGAACAUUAAUUGCUCUCGUUCAGGUCACUUUUGGAAGAACCAUCAACAAACAAAUUCGGGACACAGUGAACUGGAUUUUCAGCGAGCAGAUGCUGGUUUACUACAUCACCGUUUUCCGGGAUGCUUUUUGGCCAAAUGGGAAACUGGCACCACCGACCAAAAUCAGAAGCAAAGAGCAAAGCCAGGAAACGAAGCAGAGAGCCCAGCAGAAGCUGCUAGAAAACAUUCCAGAUAUGCUUCAGAACCUUGUUGGACAGCAAAAUGCCCGUCAUGGUAUAAUAAAAAUAUUCAAUGCGCUGCAAGAAACAAGAGCCAAUAAGCAUCUGUUAUAUGUGCUGAUGGAAUUGCUGCUGAUUGAACUGUGUCCUGAGCUGAGAGCUCAUGGGGACCCACUGAGAGCUGGCCAGGUUUGAGUCUGCACGAAUAAACCACCAAGAAAUGUCUGUGAUAAUAGACAUGAACCAUUUCCUCUUUUCCACAGAGGGCUUCACUGAGAACAAUACUGAUUUUUAUUUUAGUGACCUCCCUCCAGUUUCAUGUGAAAUAAGCAGGUUGAUGCUGUAGCAGGCAUCAGAAAAACCACUUCUGUUAAUUAUUGGGAUUAUUUUAAUAAGAAUAUAAAUACUUUAAAGUUUAAAUAUAAGUGUUAAUGUGGUAAGAACCUAGGAAAUAUUAUAAAUAUUUAUGAAAAGUUGUUUUAAAAUCAAGAACUGUGAAUACUGUACAGUUAAUUUCCUCACUGAGGAUUUUGAACAUUCCUAUAUUCAUGUGUAUUGAAGAACAUUGUUGUACUAUCCUUUAUGUAAAGUUCUUGUGAAAAUUUGUCUUUAUUUUUACCAAAGAUUUCCCAUAGUUUGAAGCAUUUGAAGCAAUAAAAUUUAAAAACAAAGCAUAGAGCUCUGUGAUGUUUUGAGACAACCUCUCAAAAAAAGAGGUUGCAACACUUCCGGCACCCUUUUUGUAGAAAACCCUGUGCAUGUAAGUACUUCUGCGAGGAAAAAUAAAGUUUGCUGCCUUUUAUCCAGACAAGAAAGAAUAUAUAACAAAUAUG